UCAAGUUGGGCACGUUAAAACGCCAGUCGGUGUAUCCAUGUAAUUAAAAAGUAAUUAGCGCACGCGUUGCCGCCAUUCACUACUAUGAUAAACACGCGGAAGUGCGUCUGUUUGUGUUGAACACGUUCGGCCGUUCGUAAACACCACCGAAGCCAAUCAGCAGCUCCCCCCCACGAGAAACCCCGACUUGAUGCUCGAGAGCCAACCGGAAGUGCAAAUUAUGACUGUCCAAAAUCUGGACGGUUUGGACACCAAGAACGCGGAAACGAUGCAGAACGUCGGCGGCGACAAGCCGGGCGCCAACGCACAGCAACAGCUGACCGCCAGCAAGAACGGGCACAUCAGCUUCAGCGUCGCCUCGCUGCUGGCGGACACGCGGCCCGCACGCCAGUCAUCCCCUAAUUCGUCGACCGUGCCGUCGUCCAGUCCCGCGCACCACUCCUCCGACGAGGACUACGACUCGAACCAGGAGGACUCGAUCGUGGACGUGGAGGACCUGCAGGCGGGCGAUCAGAAGUCCGACGGCGGCCACAAAGACGACGAUGAGUACCGGCAGCAGCGGGAAUUCGCGAAAGAGACGCUGCUCAAUCAGGGCCCGAUCAGGCCGACGCCGUUCUCGGCCCUCGCGGCCGCCGUUUACCAAGCGGCCCAUCCGAACUGGCCGCACCAGGGGUUGGUCAAUCCGUUCGCCGGUCCCGGACCGAUCUUCCAGGGCUCGCCGUUCGGUGUCGGGAACAUGAACUCAGUGGACGCCAACGGGGACCCGCCCAAAAUCAAGUGCAACCUGAGGAAGCACAAGCCGAACAGGAAGCCGCGGACGCCGUUCACGACGCAACAGCUCCUGGCGCUGGAGAAGAAGUUCCGGGACAAACAGUACUUGAGCAUCGCCGAAAGGGCCGAGUUCUCCAGUUCGUUACGACUGACCGAGACGCAGGUGAAGAUCUGGUUCCAGAACAGACGGGCGAAGGCGAAACGACUGCAGGAGGCCGAGCUGGAGAAGCUGAAAAUGGCCUCGCUGUCGCGCCAUCCCCACGCCCUCUACCCCCAUCCGGCCCUGCAGGGCUACUUCCCGCCCGGUGCGCAUCCCCUGGCUUCGAUCCUGGGCGCCAGACCGCCCAUGCCGUUGGGGCUGAUGCCGCAGCCGCCGCCCCACAUCGCCUCCCCGCAAGGUGAACUGCGAUCGCCCAGUCCGCGGAUGUCCUAAUGUUUUCCCUCGGGCAUCGACGACCGGCUGCAAUAUUAUGGGCGAGUGUCCGUACUUAUAAAUAAUGAAUUGUGAUGAUGUUUGUAUAAAAAGGUAGAUACAUUAAUUAUUAUUUAUUUAUGAAUCUUAUUAAUUUUAAGGGAUCAGUGUAACUAAUGAAUAGGUUAGUUGUUAUUUUUUAAAAAAAUAUAUAUGUCUGAUCUCAUGUUAUUUUUUCACGUGCCAAAUUUAGUAAAAUAGUUCACAUUUUUGAAUAAGUCACAAACAUGUCCGUGAGCGACAUGAAUAAUGGUUAAAGUUUAAGAUUAGAAUUGACCCCUCGAAUCUUUGCUCCCAUAAUAAUUAAUAAUUCCAUCGGUUAAUUUACGCGUAAUUUCCAUUGAUUUUAUUUGUGUUAAACGUUGCCCGGAGUGAAUAUUUUCGUUUUCGUUGGCCACCAAUUUUAAUAGCAAUUUUAUGGUUAUUAGUUGGCAGUUUAGUGGAGAUUUAUUAAAUCUUAUUUAUAGAAAAUAUCAAACGGCGGACUGAGAAUUAUGUUGGGCACAUGUGUCAUGUAAUUAUGUCCCAUUCUGUUUUUUCGUUUUGGCAAAUGUAAUUCAGCGCUUAUAAAUGACAGCCACCUAUUAAGCCUGCCAAACGAAAAAGAACAAAAUCAUCAUUCUCCUCUACAAACUCAAUUAUAAAUUUUAUUUAUACCUCAUAAAGUGUCUUCUGUGGAGAAAUUUAAUUAAUGAGUUGUUUUAUUUGUUCGCCAACGCCAGAGACGGACUCGGACUCGGACCCCGAUCCACUAUCGUAUCCAAUUAAUACGAAAUUAGUAAAUGUUAUGUUAUUUUCACUUCGCGUACAAAUUUAGCAAUGAACUCAUCGUUCCACAACAAAUAAGAAAUUAAUUUAAAAUCAUUUAAUAGGUUUGGUUAAAUUAAUUAAAAUUAUCGUUUUGCUGUGGCAAUAAAUUAUUAUGGGUUAUCGGAGUUUCAUACGCCGGGUCGCACCAAAAUCAAAUUAUUAUCGAGGUCUAUAAAUUAACCAUUUAAUUUUUCGGGGUCACUCCACGACAAUUCGAAAACAUUUUAGGCCGGAUAGUACAAAAAAUUAAAUCAAUUAUUCAGUGGAACCAUCCCCGAUGCAUUUAAUUCUCUCCCCCCUCCCCCAGUGUUUUUUGUAAAUAUUUUGUACAGAUGUUUGUAUAUAACUGUAAAAAAAAUCGAUGUAAAUUAUUUAGAUGUAACUUUAUUAUUUAUGUAAUAUACGAAAUGCACAAAGUAUGUGAAAUCUUUUCUAAAUAGAUAUUCAGUUUUGUUAGUUCUAUAAGUAUUACUAGAACGAGUUCAAUAAAGAAUAUUACCGAAA